AUGCACGCCGCACUGCUGCUCUCGAGCCUGGUGGCCUUCUUCGCCACGGCCGUGUCCUCGACCGCACUCACCUACAAGCUUGCCGCCAAUGAGAAGUCGUGCUUCUUCGCCCACGUCAACCAAAAGGCGGCCAAGGUCGCCUUUUACUUCGCCGUUCAAUCCGGUGGCAGCUUCGAUAUCGAUUAUGAGGUCGUCGGACCCAAUGAGUACAGCGUAAUGGACGGCACCAAGGAGCGCCAAGGCGACUUUGUCUUCACGGCCAACACCCCGGGCGAGUACCGCUUCUGCUUCAACAACGAGAUGUCGACCUUUGCCGAGAAGAUCAUUGACUUUGAAAUUGCGGUCGAGAAUGAGGAGGCGCGUGCGAAGCUCCCGUCCAAGCAGGGCACGUCGCCCGAGCAGACUUCGGUGCUCGAGGAGUCGAUUCUCAAGCUGUCGUCGCAGCUGUCAACCAUCAACCGCAACCAGAAGUACUUCCGCACCCGCGAGAACCGUAACUUCAGCACCGUCCGCAGCACCGAGCGCCGCAUCUUCAACUUUAGCAUCAUCGAGAGCGUGAUGAUGGUCACCAUGGCCGGUCUGCAGGUCUUCAUUGUGCGCUUCUUCUUCCAGGGCGCCAGGAAGGGUUACGUGUAA